CGCCGUUUGCUCGUCUUCUCCGUCAGUGUGCCGUCCGCCGUCGGUCGAGGACCACGUGUUACUGCGUCGUGUGGACGCCUGCGCCGUCGGGCUACCCUUCGCACUAUCCUUCGCGCGCCUUCUACACCCCUUUACCCUCCGCGCGAUCCGAUCGGCGAAGAUCUGUACGAACUCACCGCACUGUGAAUGCUUAGUUACCGUCUUGUCGGAGCACGCGUUCGUUUCCAUCGUUGGAAGAACUCGGCCAAGAGACUGGACACGGUUCGUUCGCGCACACGUGUCGAUUCCCUGCCGAUAGCGACAGCAGACCUUCCGACGAUGAAUUAUCGCGCGUACAUUCGCGAUAACUACAUUCUCGUGUAAUUUUCAGACUUGUAGCGGAUAUCUCGGAAAUAAAGGUCGACCGCCUCGACGCUUCCGACGAAGGCCGACGAGAUUGCAAAGAAAAAGCGCGCCAAAUCGAGAAAAAAGUAAUAGGACAGCCUUCUGCUUACUGGAUGUGCAAACUUGGCGACGAAGCGAUCCACCGAUGGUUGUUUUCGCUGAAUCUUCGCAGAAUCGAUUUCAGAGAGUUCGCGGCCAUUGACGAGAUUGCAGGCCUGUGCGCGGUCCCUGUCGUUGCUUGGACCUGUUCCAGGCAAACCGAAAAUCUGUGGCAAGCCAACGUGAUGGAACGUCUCCGCAGUGCUUCGUUUUUCGCUUGGAUCACCGGAAGAACGUGUUAAAACCGACCGACGAUCGACGGAUCGAUCGAACCUUAUCGCGCCUGCUUCGCGGUCCAGCAUUUCUGGAAUCUGCUUUUUACAUCCUGCAACCAAUCAUCUCGAUCUUUACAUCGAUCGGCCAUAUGGCUGGAAAAGAUCGUAACCCGAUCCCUUCGUAAAGUCGUCCGUGUCACCAAGAGGGGCUUCUGCCUCGCAGAACGAGAACUCGCAACGCCAACGACAAAAAUUAGAUGUCCCGCAAACCGUCUCACGCAAGUGUCUCGUCGAUCGUGAAGGACCGUAAUCGGUUUCGCAAAGAAUCUUCGUAGCAGGUGGAAGUGGUGGCCCGUGGCAGACGUUGGAAACGGAUGCAACUGGUUCGAAGAACGUCAGUCCAGACAUCGCGACCGAGGCGACGCUUUUUUCCGAACAAAGCUGGUCGAUUGUGCGGUGAAUUUUGCGGCCUCGGUGGAUAUAGCAUGGUCACCGGUGAUUGUUGCGGAUAUCGUGCUCGUCGUUGUAGGUUAUCGGCAAUAGUGGCGCGUAGUUAGGUCGAAAGUGCGGUAGAUUUUCUAACGGCACGGAGACUGGCACGUUGAUGUGCAACGCUUUAAUAACGGGCGUACAGUGGAUGAAAGAAAGAAGAGAAAAAAAGAGGAGACACGGGGAAGCGCGGUGCUUGCGGUACGUGGCUGUGGAGGCGGUGCCGCGGCAAGUUUAAUUAGUGUUUAACCAAAGAGAAAAAACACGAGAGUCGGUGGAUAGAGAAGAUCGGAGUAAGCCAAACAAACGUUAACGCGCGAAAUCGUUGCCACACGCGGUUAAGUUUCCUGGAAGAGAACAUCGCGUUCCGACAUCUCGGUGGACCACGACGCGUGUCGCAUCGUUACGCGAAAUGGGAUUUCGGUGGUGUUCGAAACAUGCGUGACUCGAGUCGAUUUACGAUGAUCGUCGGCGAGGACGCGGACGGACACUGGAAAUUAAGAUGAGAGUGCGAAUAGGUCGGGAAUAAAUCCGGGUACCGCGAGAAAAUGACUUAACACGUUACGUACCGCGAGGGUAGCAACAGAUAGAACGAAGCCGUUCUCCGUGGCUCACCUUUGCUUUGGCUCCGAGUGCUGGGAUUUGUGACGAAGGUAACAAGGAAUAAACAAGGAAAGAACAUGUGGAGUGUACUGUUACUCGUUGGACUAACGAAGGCUGUUUCCUACGUCGCUGGUAUCGCUUCCACCGUCGACGAGAAAUCGGUACCAUUGGUCAAUAUCAGCGUCGUGGAAGGAAAACCAGCGGAACUGCCAUGCGACAUUACUCCACCCGGAGAGGACAGCCUGCACAUGGUUUUUUGGUUCAAGAACGAAGCUGGAGUGCCGUUGUAUACGAUCGAUGCCAGAGAGAAGCCGGUGACCAAAGCGCAACACUCCUCGGAUUCCGGGGUGUUUGGACCGCGAGCAUACUUCCGCACGGCAUUCCCGAGUCCUGCGGUCCUCGUGAUCGAGGACAUCAAGAGGCAUGACGCGGCCACUUACAGGUGCAGAGUCGACUUCCGCAAAGGACAAACACGUAGCUUCCGAUACAACCUCACCGUCAUCGUGCCACCGGAACAACCUACCAUAUUGGAUCAGUGGGGCAGGAUAGUAAACGGAACGGCAGGUCCUUACGAGGAAGGCGAUACACCUUCUCUGACGUGUCGUGUAACGGGCGGCAAGCCAGAACCCAUGGUCCGAUGGCUCGUCAAUGGCCAAGUCAAAGACGAGGAGUACGAGAAGAACGCUGGCGAUGUUAUAGAAAACAGGCUGACUCUGCAGCCUAUCACUCGGUCGGAGCUCGGGGCGAAUUUUACGUGUCAGGCAAGGAACACUGACCUGAUCGAGCCAAAGGAGGCCUCCAUUACUUUGGAACUUAACCUGAAACCAUUGACGGCUACCAUAAGGAGGCCAGGGAAAAAAGGAGUCGGAAACGAAUCUCUGCUGGCUGGGAAACGAUACGAGGUGGAAUGCGAGACCAUCGGCUCCAGACCACCGGCGGUGAUAACUUGGUACAAGGGACGAAGAAGACAGCUGAAACACACCACGGAGGAGAGAUCGGAGAAUCGGACGGUGAGCAUGGUGGAGUUUGAGCCAGGGGUGGAAGAUCACGGGAAAUCGAUCACCUGUAGGGCCGAAAAUCCAAACGUUACGGGACUGUUCGUGGAGAAAUCCUGGAAGAUCGACGUCGUGUAUCCGCCGAUCGUGUCGCUGAACCUUGGAUCCACGCUAAGCCCGGAGGACAUCAAGGAAGGCGACGACGUCUACUUCGAGUGUCACAUCAGAGCUAAUCCUCCCUGGUCGAAAUUGACAUGGAUACACGACAACCAAAUACUGGCGCAUAAUACGUCAGCCAGGAUAAUCUGGUCGAAUCAGAGCCUGGUACUUCAGAGCGUGACUAGGAGUAGCGCCGGCAAGUACGUGUGCGCCGCAACGAAUGACCUGAACGAAACUCGGAGCGAGCCUCUUCAUUUUCGCGUCAAGUUCGCGCCGGUUUGCAAGGAGGACCGGAUCGUGGUGGUCGGAGCAUCGAGGGGCGAAUCGUUGAACAUCGCGUGCAAAGUGGAGGCCGAUCCACCAGCGCACAAUUUCCGAUGGAAAUUCAACAACAGCGGAGAGACGUUGGAAGUAGCGCCGGGCAGAUUCUCGAUGGAGAAGUCAAGCGGCGUGAGCGUGCUCAGGUACACGCCGACCACAGAGCUGGAUUACGGUACUCUGUCGUGCUGGGCGGACAAUUUCGUUGGUACACAAGCGAGACCGUGUCUCUUCCAGCUGAUAGCCGCCGGAAAACCAUUUCCGGUCCGUAACUGCACGCUCGCGAACCAGACUUACACCAGCGUCGAGGUGAAAUGCGUGGCCGGAUACGAUGGCGGACUUCCGCAAAAAUUCAUCCUGGAGGUGUACCAUGGCGACGUGGAUUUCCUAUCGAGCAGCCAGCCCCUCUACAACGUCUCCAACGUAGACGAGCCGAAUUUCUCCCUGGCCGGUCUGGAGGCGUCCGUCGAGGCAGGCGUUCACGUCGCGGUCUACGCCGUAAACGCUAAAGGCCGCAGUCAACCAGUCAUUCUCAGCGAGGUUACCUAUCGCGACGCCGAGAAACGUACCGGACAAGACGCUGGGAUCGUGCUGUCGCCGCUGAUCGGUGUGGUGGUCGGAGCUUUGGUCACGCUGGUCCUCGUCAUUCUUGUGGUGGUGGUGCGCGUACGCUGCGAACGAGUGUCGAAGCCUCGACACGAAAAACCGGCGGAACUCAGCGAACUACCGCCGCAACAAUAUCCUCUGCAAAAUCCUCAGCAAACCGUGGAAACCGACCCCGACGUCAUUCCAAAUAAAUUCGAAGGAAACCUGGUGGAAGUGAGCCCACCGAGUUAUCCAGGUGGAUAUCCUCCGGGACAUUGGGUCACACCCGGACCUACACCAAGCAUAGACGAACUCUGCCACAAAUUUAGCGGAAGACCGACGGAGCUGAGGUUACCAUCGAGAAGCACGAUACCGAGUUUACAGAGCAUGCCCAUGACGGGAGCGAUGAUGGGCGGUGGACAGGGCGGCGUGACACUCGGUGGCAGCCAAGGCGUCGUCGUCGUCGGAGCCGGGCAAGGCGUUGUCGUCGCUGGCGAGUGCUUGGACGGCGAGGCGAUCAAGAGACGACUGAUGGCCAACAGGCUUCCGGAGAGCUGCGUCUAGACCUGGUUGUUCGUCGCCUUCUGCGCCCGUGUAUCGCGUUCAUCGACACGAACAGAGGUCCCUUGCCGAAAAUUUUCGGCUCGUUCGUAGCGCUGCACGGCUGGACACUGACCAUUAAGAUGUUCGAUGAUCGAUAUCGUACGCAGCGAACGAACGCUUUCGCGACUCGUCUUGCGAAACGAUUAAACGUCGUACGAAGCGGCAUAAAGACAAUCCACCGUGUCGUUGCGAGCAACGGAACAACAGCCGCUAAGCUAACGGAGAUCGUCGACUGGAUAAGCGAUGGAUAGAAAGGCGAACGUGCGACGCGAGCUUAGAUUUGUCGGGAAAACUUUCCAAUCGCGAGAAGGUAUCCGCCAAAAUUGUUUUGUAAACGUUUUCUCGAUGGUCGGGCAAAAUUUGUUCUUUUCUAUUUUUUCCUCUCGGGAAGAAACGGACGAAGAGGGGAACGGAACUGAAAGAAAAGAAGAAGAAGAAUCGAACUGGAAAAGAGUUAGGUGAAAACUUGCGCUCCUGAGUUUUCCACCUGGGCAGGAUGUUCCCAAGUAGCGUUCUUCUGUCUUCGAACGUCGGCGCAACUUUCCCCUAUCCCUGUUUCCGUCGCCAGACUCCGAGUCCAACCAUCUUCGACGUUGUCUUUUCGCAUAUUUCUUUCUCGCUACGUGACUUCGCCUCUCGGACACGCCGUACGACCGGACCAUCGUUCGCCAAAGUGGCAGUCUCGAGUAACGUAUCGAGGAAACGCAACUUUCUAUCCGAGAACCACGUUCGACUUUGUAUCCGGCUGCCAGCCCAAGGUAUUAAACGCUCUUCGAAACGAUUGCACUGGGAGCCGGCGGCGCUGGCAAUCGACGCCGAAGAAUCGAAAUGGGGGUAAAUAAACCCACGUCUCAGCCUACCAAUCGAAUUCUCCAGACAUCGAGGCAUUAGGCCGAGAAACGCGAGAAAAGAUAAAAGGUUCUCGUACAACCCCUCUUCCGGUUGCUCGGAAUGAAGAUGGAUGGAGGAACUGGGCGAGAAUAUACGAUGGAAAUCAGGGGAGAGGGAAGAGGAAAGGAAGACGCGGGGGAAUGGAAAGAUAACGCGAUGUUACUUCGCCGAGUUGCAAGAAGGAAGAGGCGUGAUGCGCGGUAUCGAGGCUGAUCAAUCAGUUUCAACGACGGAAAACAUAUUCGGGGCGGAAGUAGUUUGUACGAAACACCAUUUUAUACGUUGCAACGUCGUCGGCGUCUCCUUUCGAUUACUUUGCCCGUGGUCGUCCUUCUCUUUCUUUCGUCUCUUGUUUUUUUUUUUUUUUUUUUUUUUAAUCUCUCGCAUUCUCACGAAAUCUCGUACGAGCGCAAAGCGAUUUUAACAUUCGCUGGAAUUAGGGACGACGUUUGAUUCAACGAAAAUCGCUUUCUCUUCCUAGCGGAGAGGAUAAAAUGCGUUAAGCAAGAAUCGACAAUAAGUGAUGCGAUCGAGAAUAGAAACUCGAGGCGUUUGUAACUGUAUCGCGACGAAUCCAAUCGAAAUUGAGAAGAACAGUCGGAGACGAGACAGUUUGGCGUACGCGAGCUGGCAAACGAGGCGGUUUAUGACGAGGAGACGCGGUCUUUUUAGGAAAACGAAGAACGUUUCGUUCGAUCGUACUCGAUCGUAGCUGUGAUACGAAGUUUCCAAAUUUUGAUCCAUCGUCGACGUGGACGUUCCUUUUCGCGUUUAGCCUAAUUUCCGACGUGAGUGGAACACUCCUGUAAAUAUACACGCACGUGUAGACGCAACGAUCGGAGAAUGAAAAUUUAUCGCGUGCAUUAUUCGAUCGAGGAGUCGCAGCCGUCCGACUGUUCUUCUAAUUUCAUUCGAUUCUCUUAACGAACGGGAGGAGAAUAACGGAGUAGCGGAGAGACUCGAGGAGUCUUUAUACUCGGGUGAAAAAUUGAAUUUGUAAGGUCAGAAAAACCGGGCUUCCACGUGACACUUUGCGACGAAGUCAUGAAGCUUGACGGCGAAACUAGGAGUAAAAAGUGACAAAGUAUAUUCCUAAGAGAAUGAAGUAACGCCAACUUCGUCCAAGACUCUCGCUCGAGGUAUGCGGUUUCUACUUUGAACGUGUAACGAAGAGGAGAAAACGAGCGAAAAAGGAAUAAACGUUAAGUUAUCGUAAUGCGUGACGCAUCGCGAAUCGAUUACGCGAUCCAAAUGAUUAGUAACGUCGAACCAAAUGUCGAGUGUUCUUUUUUUUUUCGAUGUAUUAAAUGAGAAAAAAAAAGGGAUAAUGAAAGAAUCCAAAAAAAAAAGGUAACUAAAAGUCGUUGCUCGUUAGUUAAUGUCGUAUCGUUGUACAUAAGUAUGUAUCGUUGAAGAAUUUGCCCUGCGUGGGAAGCGUGCUCGAGAACGAUCGCACAAACGUCGUCGGUAAUUUCGAUCAUCGAGGGUGCGAGUUUAACGGAAGGUGUAAUCCGACUGACGAUGAGUAGGAAACGCUGGUGUGCCAGGAAAUCGAGGCGAUUCGCAACGACGUGACCUGUAUCGUCGUUCGAUGGAACUCGUCGAUUUCUGUUCGAGUGACAGGUUGACAGGUCGUUAUUUCCCAAAACGCUCGACGAACAACGAUCUUUGUUAAUUAGAGUAAACGCUAUCCUCGCCGCAAACAUAGAAUUAGCCGCGCUUCGGGAAUCGGAUCAAACAUCUUUUUCUAUCGAACCCACGAAAAAUCAUCGUUACGGUCGAUCGUCGUCGCACUGCCAACGAAAUUGCUACGUUCCCGCGUGGAAACCAGCGACCUGAUCGACGCGAUCACACUUUUUUCUUUCACGUCCACGAACAUUUAACCUAAACGUAUCCGGCUGUCGAUCUGGCGAGAAUCAAUUUUCGAUAUAACGCACGCACAAGCCGAGAAUCUACAUCGAUCCGUGCACGCUCAAACGUUUCGUUUCUCCUCGAGGGAAAGACGAAGAAUAUAAUUCAGGUUUUUCCUCUUCUUUUUGGCCGUUGUUCUUUUCUGUAUGGCUCCUCUUUUUCCAGCAAACGUUCUGACAACAUCGAUAGGAAAAUUCUCGGCACGCGAGGAAACGAUGCGCCGCUGACCUGGUGCAAGCGAUUCGAUCGAACACGAAAACGAAAAUUAGAGACUAACGAAUGUACAUAAUCAGCAUGAUGCGAGGUCCGUGUAAAUCGAUUAUAUUUUAAGUUCACUGUAUAGGUGAUUUCAUAUCAGAACUGCAUAUCGUCUACUAACUCGUAUGUAUAUAUUACAUAAAGUUUCGAUCUGAAUAAACUGUUUAACUGUCCGAA